AUGAAAAAAAAAUUGAGGGAGGGAGAUCUCAAUGCUUUGGUCUUGGCCUCCGUCUGGGAAAUGAACACGACAAACAUUCAGGACAGCUCACAGAAACGUCAUGGAUCAUCGUCUCGUGGUUCUCGCUUCGAAUCCUCCGGGGAGGAAGAUCCUCACAUGGGUCUCCCCUGGUUCGAUCACCAGCUCGAUCCGCACCCUGUCUUCUCGCUACCGCCGAGCUUUUCUACAGACAGGGAAAAUCAUGUUCAUCCCCGCCAACAAGAUACGCUCGAAUGGCUGGUGAAGGUUCAGAUGGAGAGGUACCAGAGUCCCAGAGAUGCAGAGGUAACAGGAGGUGAUCCAGAGUUGGGCAAGGGGAGCUCUGGUGCCGGAGUUCCUAGAGUAAGUGUUUUCAUGUUCUCUUCUCCUUCUGACUUUCCCGUGAUGGCGAUUCUUUUCCGUGAUAAGGUCAGCUUAUGGGAGACAAACUCUCCGACAAAAUGGGAAAACCUCGAGCUUCCGCUCAUGGGGGUCCCUCUCAUCCCCAGCUCUGCUCCUCCCAGGGCGUCUGUUCCGCCCAAAACCCGGAUCAGAUGGACGCAGGAGCUCCAUGAACGCUUCGUCGAAGCUGUGGGUCGCCUCGGAGGCGCAGACAGUAAGUAGGGUUGACCAUGCCUUCCUCGACAUGGUGGAGUAGGAGCUUGCCACACGUCCUGACAUGGCUUCCCCGAUGAACGCAGAGGCAACUCCCAAGGGGAUUCUGAAGCUGAUGGAGUCAGAAGGACUGACUAUCUGCCAUGUCAAGAGCCAUCUACAGGUAAUCCUGCAGAGAACACGAACGAUGAUAUCUCUACGUCUGCAGAAGAGCUCGAAACAUCACAUAUCGCUUUAUCUCAUGUUCCACAGAAGUAUCGGACUGCCAAGAACACACCAGACUCCCAAGAAGGCACCUCUUCUUCCUUUCGUGCUGCAGGGAGAAAUGAAGGCGAAAGAGACUCCUUCGGCCAUCUUGUCGGACUAGAUCCAAAAAAGUACAUUCUCAAUGGCUCGAAUCAGUUUUUUUAAUCAUUUCGAGCAAAAGUCAGCCCAAUAUUGUUCUGUUCUACAUUUCUGGCAGCAGAAUGCAUAUGACAGAAGCCCUGAGACUUCAACUGGAGGUGCAGAGCCGUCUCCAUGAACAGCUGGAGGUGAGUAAACUCCACUGAUCCGCUCCCAGGGACUGAUUCAUCUAGAUUACUGCCCAUUAACUUCUUUCUGUUCCCGGAAAUCUCUGGCUCCGCAGAUCCAACGGAAGAUCCAAAUGAGGAUUGAAGAACAGGGCAGACAGCUACAGAAGAUGUUCGAGCAGCAGGAGAGGGCAGCCAGGAGCCUAUUUGAGAACCAGGGCACGGACGUUCAGGUUCAUGGCGAGGGAAGAGGAUCAGAGACUACACAUUUUCCGUCUAAGAUCAGCUAG